UAAGCCACACCCCAGUACCACUACCCCACCCCACAACCCAUCCUCUGAUUCAUACCACAAAGCAAGAACCUGAAAGCAACCACACCACUCCACCUUUGCCAUCUCCAAGAAAGAACCCAUCCCCUUCUGCUUCAAGAAGCCUUUUCGAGCUUGAGUUUUCGCCAUCCAUCACCAUGAUCCAAGAACUGCUCGGAGGGGCAGCCAUGGACCAGCUGAAGAGCGUGAACGAUGGGAACCCGGCAUCUCUGCCCAUGUUGCUGCACCCCACCGUCUCCAACCCGUCGCCCACGUCGUCCUCGUCGACGUCUUCACGCUCCUCCGCGCAGCAGCCGCACCAGCAGCAGCGGUCGACGUCGGCGACGUCUUCGCCGCAGGGGCAGCAGCAGGUGCAAGGGGCGGAGCAGGCGCCGCUGCGUUGCCCCCGGUGCAACUCGUCCAACACCAAGUUCUGCUACUACAACAACUACAACCUCACCCAGCCGCGGCACUUCUGCAAGACGUGCCGCCGGUACUGGACCAAGGGCGGCGCGCUCCGCAACGUCCCCAUCGGCGGCGGCUGCCGCAAGCCGCGCCCCAUGCCGACGCCAGUCGCGAAGCCGGCGCUCUCCUGCAAGGCCGUGGGCGGCGCGCCGUCGCUGGGCCUCGGCGUCGGCUUGGGCAUGGGCGCCGGCCCCGUGCCCUGGGCGUCGUCGCAGCAGGCGGCCGCCGCGCAGCUCAUGGCGCUGCUCAACAGUGCCAGGGGCGUGCAGGGCGGCGGCGGCCACGGCGGCAGCAACAUGCACAGGCUCCUCGGCCUCGACAGCAUGGCCCACCUGCCCAUCCAUGUUCUGCCGGGCGCGGGCAAUGCCAGUGGCGCGCCGGCGUCGCUGUGGCCGCCGGCCGCGUCGCGUCCCAUCCCUACACCGCCGCCGCACGUGGACUCCCAGCUCGGCAUGGGGCCGCUGGGCCAGCACGACGUGCUCUCAACCCUCGGACUAAAGCUGCCCUCGCCGUCGCCGUCGCUCGCGGCGAGCUACUACAGCGACCAGCUCCACGCGGUGGUGAGCAGCGCCGCCGGACGCCCGCACGAGUACGACGCCCCCGGCACCACGUCCCUGCCGUGCACCACCGCGGCGGCCUCCCUGCCGCCGCCGGCGUCGAGCGUCUCGGCCGCGCUGAGCAGCGCCACGGUCGGGUUAGACCUCCCGCCGAUCUCCCUACCCGCGCCGGAAAUGCAGUACUGGGCCGGCCCGGCGGCGAUGUCCAUGGCGUGGCCGGACUUGCCCACCCCCAAUGGCGCGUUCCCAUGAUCCAGCCCCCAACGUACGGAUGGCGCGGCUGUUACUACAUGACACACUAGCUAGUACGUGAUCAGUAGCUGGAUCAGUUCAGUACGUCUUCAGUGUAGCUUUAUCUUGCAGUUUGACUGUGUUUAAUUUGAGUGAGAAGUGCACUCGGGGGGAGGUUAAUCAAGGCCGUUAAUUGCUGUUGUUUUUGUUGGUCACUGGGAGAAGGGGAGUAACUUUUAAUUUUACUGUUAAUCGGAGUUUUAUUAGUAGUAAUACAUAUGUUCCUUCUUGAUCUGCUGUCGUGCAGUACUGCAGUAGGAGUGAUGGAUAACUUUGUAUUGGUGCACGAUCAUGGAUUUGAUCAUAUGGUCUCAA